AUGGUGCAUAGACAUAAUACGUAUCCUUCUCCGGAUUUGACUGAGGCGCAACGAGAAACGCUCAUCUCGAUUUGUGAUGCCCUUUUCCAAUCUCACUCUGGUGAAGAGGCGGAGAGGCUCAGAGCGAGUCUACCCACGGAUCAUCCAGAAUGGCAAGCAGCAGUAGUCGACGACUUUAUCGGUAAAUCAUACUCGGAACUUGAUGGAUCCAUUGAUCGUCUAGUGGAUCUACUCGGUUCAUCUCUCUCUUCAACCGUUAGGGCUGAACUCCUCACCGGAUUAAGUCUACUAUCCACUACCGCUGGGACCUUUCUAUUGACAGGGGGAUGUAUGAAGCCGUUCCCGAAAUUGACUGUCAAGGAGAGAGAGGCAAUCUUACGAUCUUGGUCAACAAGUCGAAUUACCAUGCGACGAAGCUUGAUGCGUGCUUUUGCAGCGUUGGGUUUGUUCUGCAUAUACGGUUAUAAUAAUGUUUUAACCGAUGCAGUUGGUUAUCCAUCUCCCAAUCGUCGAUUACUUUCCAAACCACUCACACAACCAUCAUACACGUAUACAUUUAUCUCCCCUCCAGCAGCAACUCCCCCUUCUAAGAUCCCUAUCAUCCAAACAGAGAUUCUCAUCAUCGGAUCCGGCGCCGGAGGGGGAGUUGUCGCUUCUCGAUUAGCUAAAUCGUACAAAACCCUGGUGGUAGAAAAGGGUGUGUAUGCUCCAACGGGAGAGAGAUCCCGAAGUCAGCAAGAAGGCUUCUCUGAGUUAUACCAAAAUGGUGGACUCAUGGCUAGUGAAUCAGGCUCAACUUGUUUUCUCGCCGGAAGCGUUUUCGGAGGUGGCACAACGGUUAACUGGAGUGGAAGUUUGAAAACUCAACAUUAUGUCAGAGAGGAAUGGGCCAAAAAGGGAUUAGAUUGGUUUUUGACUGACGGGUAUAGUGAUGCUCUCGAUGAGAUAUGCGAAAGAAUGGGUGUUUCUUCAGACCACAUAAAACAGAAUAAAUCCAACUCUAAACUUAUAGCUGGAUGCAAGAAGCUUGGGUAUCAUGUCGAUCCUAUACCUCAAAAUACAAGUGGCCAGGAACAUGCGUGCGGCUUCUGUUCAUUCGGGUGUCCAUAUGGAGAGAAACAGGGGACUGUCGAAACUUUCAUGAUGGACGCAGCGAAAUCUGGCGCAGAAUUCCUUUCUCGUGCUCAAGUCGAGCGACUUCUAUUUUGUUCUCCCGGUGCCGAUAUACCCAGCGUUAUCGACGACGACAAUCUUGAGUCCUACACUUACAGUACAACUCGAACUCGAUGUAUCGGUGCCGAAAUGACUUUGGACGAUGGAAGCAACGUCGUCGUACUUGCUAGUAAAUCAGUGAUUGUCAGUGGUGGAAGUAUCAAUUCACCUGCCAUCUUACUCAGAAGUGGAUUGAAGAAUCCUAACAUUGGAAAAAACCUUCAUUGUCAUCCUGUCACUUAUGUUUCCGCUAAAUUCGAAGAUAAAAUCAAUCCGUGGGACGGUGCGAUCAUGACUGCGGUCUCGAAUGUAUCUGAAAACAGACUUGGAGAUCACCAUGGAGCCAAAAUAGAGGUUUGCAUGUCAUUCCCUGCUGGUUUUGCAGUAGCACAGGAGAAUUGGUCAUCUAGUGCUCUUCAUAAGAGUAACAUGCUCGAAUAUAACCAAUCGAUGGUCCUGAUCGUUCUUACACGGGAUAGAGAUAGUGGUCAAGUAUUCAUUGAUGAGAAUGGACAUCCCAGAAUCCGGUAUGACAUAUCACCGUACGAUGGUCUCUCUUGUUUGGGAGGAGUCUUAGCUGCAGUUGAACUAUUAUUAGCGGCUGGUGCCAAGAAAAUAUCAACUACUCAAGCUGGUGUUCCAAGUUAUAUUGUCGAGGAAGGACAUAAAGGUCUCGUGGACCCAAAAUGGAGAUCUUGGAUAGCUCAAAUACAAGCUGCAGGUGUCAAAUCGGGAUGGGCCACUUUCGCCAGUGCUCAUCAAAUGGGAACGUGCGCAAUGGGUAAAUCUGCAUCGGAUAGUGUGGUAGAUCCACGUGGAGCCGUAUGGGGAACUUCAGGUCUAUACGUUGCUGAUGCGAGUGUCUUCCCAACGGCAUCAGGUGUAAAUCCAAUGGUGACAACGAUGGCUACCGCUUACAGUAUUGCUGGCUUUAUACUGGAAGAUCUGACUGAGUAG